CGAAAGAUCAAACCCACUCAGCCAGCUGCAAAUGUCGCUCGUAGACAUCCCAAGUGUUCCCCCGGCCAUCCUUGAACAGCGCGAAGCUCAGUCACCACAGAUCACAGAUGUAGACUUGCUGGACACAGAAAUUAUCGCAUCAAGCUCCUCACCACCGAGACAGAGAAGGCGGAUAGCAGAAGACGGGCGCUCAGUGCCAGCCGACCAAGAGGUCAUCUUCGUUCAUGACAGUGAAGACGACGAAAUUCAGUAUGUUGGCAGUAGUAGAUCCAGGUCUGCCUGGAGAGAACGCAUAUUCUCUCCUCCUCCUCCUCCACAAGCAAGCAAUAUACCUCCUGUGCCACCUAUUCCGCGGCGGUUCGCAUCCAUGAGACAGAGCCACCCUUUAUUACCACCUGCUGGACUCAUCAUCCCUAAUGAGCAGCCCCUCCCGUUUGAGGCAGACAUGCGGCAACCUCACGAAAAUGGGCAACGCCAGGAUGCGCCAGCCGCUGCACCCCCUUCUUCGCAUACACCAUCUAUGGGCUUUGGUGGGGCAUUGCUGGCGGGCGUCAGGCAUGUUUUGAAUCCUCGUGGCCAUGACACUCGAGAGCCUUGGCGUCACCGCGGUAUUUGGGAAUCUACUCCCACCAUAAUGCGAUGGGACCCCUUGAAUGCUUUCGCAGAAGACGUCUAUUUUGGGAACGACGCUGAUGACACCGAGGACUACCCACGAACAGGUGAAAUUAGAGAUUCACUGGAGCGCGUUUUCGCUCGUCGAAAUCACCGUCGUGUAGCGGAACCCGAUUACAAGUCGGAAUAUACCCACCCGAGCAAGCCCUCCCCAGGUUUUACAUACGACUUCGCAACGACUCCAGCACCCUCACCGGUAGAUUCUAUCAUCAUCUUGGAUGAUUCUCAUUCACCUGAACCGAGCAAUGCUGACGAUUCGCGCCACGCCGACCCUGCUCUUGCAUGUGCCCAUUGCCAUGAUCCUCUUUUUCUUGGAGCGUCCGAUGUCGGAGAUGACCGGGAUCAGCGGAGGUUGUGGGGUUUGCGUUGUGGACACCUACUAGACGGAAAAUGUAUCAAGAAGCUGAUGAAACCGGUGUCCGAGGCUGGCCCGGAGCUUGUGGAUGCUUCUAUAGAUGUGAAGGGGAAGCGUAAGAUGGACCCAGAAACACCAUCUAUGCCGUCGUCGAGCCAAGAGAAUAGCGGGAAGAUAGCUGUCGAAAGCACGAAUUCCAUACGUUCGCGUCUACGGUCCCGCAACAGUGUAUCCGACCCAUCGUUGGAUAGCCAGCACCUUUCGUUUCAAAGCGACUCAAGUUUCCAGCGUCCUGGCGUCCGCGGCAAGGCACACGCUGGUCGCCGAGGAAAAGGGAAAGGCAAGGCGAAGGCGACUGGCCCUACUGUCUCGGCUUCUUACGAAUGGACUUGCCCGGUGGGCGGAUGCGGUCACAUCCAUGUUAGUGUGCUUGUUGGUGGACAAUGGAUUAUGGACGAGAAGAAGGGGGCUAUCGCUGUAUUUGUAUGACCUCCACUUCUAGGUCACUACUGCACUUUUACGUGUACACUAAUUGCAGUCACCUCUUGCGGUUAAGCAACAGAUCUUCUCAGGCCUCUGCUUUUGCCUCAUCCACCACCGGGCGAGGUACCACCUCAACUUCUCGGCCUGCUGUUAU